AUGACGGUUUCGACUGAAGCUUCUUUGGCAUCUGCUCUGGGGGAAAGGCUGCUGUUUCUUGAAAAGCAGUUCUCGGAGCUUCAGCAGAAGUAUAAUCUGCUAUCGGAUGUUAAAGAAAGCUCGAAUGAAAUCAAGAGCAAGCCUUCUGAGACAACGGAAGCCAAUGAGAAGAGUAGCCCAAAAUCUCGAGUCAAAUUGCUCAAGAGGGUCAAUAACCCUGCUACCGGUGAACGCGAGGAGCUAGAGAGCGACAGCCCGCAAUCCAACACGGAAGGUAACCCUAAUAUUGCCUUCGUUUUGAAGAAAACAAUACCAGAAAAGUUUUCUGGCGCAGAUGACACAUCUGAAAUAGACAUCAUCAAUCUGAACUUGUGGGAGCUCUUGAAGGAGCACCUGGGAGGCUAUCCUUAUCACGUCUUUAGAGGAUCACCUGUUACUCUUUUUUCGCCUUAUGAGGCUAUUAUCUUUAAAUGGGAUGCUCUCCAGAUUGCUUCCAUCGAAGAACCGAAGAAUGAACAGGACAAGCAGGCUAGAGAGGACUUAAAGCUUCUUCUUGAUCACAUAUCAAACAGUUCAUCUGGCGAUAGUAAACUGGACAAGUACUUCAAAGAACGGAACACGACCAUAGAAUACCCUAAGAUCCAGUUUGAUGACCUGUGGACAAUAUUCCCUCCAGGAACCUUGGUUUACGGCAGACCUUUUCAGAACCAGCAUCAAGUUUUUAUCGUCCAGGACAACAUGGGAACAUGGCCAGAGGAGACAAGCAAUCCGAAACAAUUGCAGCCGUGGAGACUGAGCUGUUGGACAUACGACUUCACUGGAGUUAAAUUUGAACGAACAGCAUACGUGAUCGUGUUCGAACCGUACGAGGGAUAUAAACCCUUGCCGGCUUUGCCUUACUAUCCAUUCAAGCACCACCCUGAACACGACCGUGUGAAAGAAGAACUGAUUUCACGCGGCAAAGAGUUUGAGAAACUGUGCUCUGCUCAAAAUUCCCCAUGUCUGUUCGACUACAAAGGUGAUGCCAUUUUUGGAAGAAAGGGCUUUAGUGGGAUGACCCAAGGUGAUGAGGAUGACAGCGAUAUCAAAUCUUUCGCUGCAAUUUGGGGACUUCGUAAAUCGAUGAGAUCUAGCUCCGCAGAAGAAACACCUCUUUUCUCAGCUAAAGCUUCCGAUGCAAAUGGUAGGGUUAUGGUUGAUUACCUGUCCUAUUUCGAAUACGGAAAUUCGAAUGCGCGCAAUGGGGGGCUUGAACGAAGCUCAAUGGAUCCGCCUUGCGUGUGCUUCGAUUGUCGAAACAAUCAAGAGUUGGCAACGAACUAUAGAGAUUAUUUUGACCAUAUCGAGGAGCAGAACAAAUUGGAUGACGAGCAGUACUUGCUCUGCCCGCCCCGCGUAUUAGGAUAUAUUCUCAAGGAAAAGCAAUGGGCGCAGUUGCAGGUUACUCUUAUCAAAGAUAUUCCGAAGGUUGACCCCGAGGACGCCUGGUCCUCUCGCCUGCAACUUGCUGAUGGUAUGACCAAAGAUCUGCUUUUUGAUCUUGUGCAAAGCCACACCUCAUCGGCAUCGCGGACUGAAGAACAUGGUCUUGAAGUUGAUGACAUCAUACCAGGAAAAGGAAAAGGUCUUGUGAUUCUUCUCUACGGUACGACGUUACCCUCUUCUCCGCCACAUGGCAUCCUUGUUGUACUGACUAUCUAUGGAGGCCCUCCUGGCGUGGGAAAAACAUCGACGGCCGAAACGAUUGCUGUUGCGACUCGAAAGCCUCUAUUCUCUGUCAGCGUCGCCGACGUGGGCACCCAAGCCAAACAUGUAGAAUCCAAUCUGUCUAGAAUAUUCAGUCUAGCUACUACAUGGCAAGCAAUUUUGUUGAUUGAUGAGGCUGAUGUUUUCCUCGAGGCCCGUGGAAGGGGUGCGUCGUCAUCAACAGAUAAAAAUGCACUAGUUUCAGUGUUUCUGCGGGUUCUUGAGUACUACCAGGGUAUUGUGUUCCUCACGACGAACCAAAUCGCUCAGUUUGACAUUGCCAUCCCUUCACGUAUCCAUCUUGCCAUUCAAUACAAGAGCCUGAAACCGGAACAGAUGAAGGCUAUUUUCAAAGGGUUUCUUCAGCCUCUUGAGGAUAAAGGCUUGGUGGAUGACUUGGAUGAGAUCCUUGAUUGGCUCCAGGAAGAUGUGUACAAUUUGGGAUUUGACGGUCGUCAGAUCCGCAAUAUUGUCACAACUGCCCUAGGAUUGGCACGAGCGGAGUUCGACCGCGGAAAGGGCAGAGGAAGACUUAGCAAGAAGCAUAUCAAGCCUGUUGUUCAGAAUGUGCGAAUGUUCAAGACUGACUUCACUGUGCAGUAUGACCGGUACAUCAGGUCCCAGGAGUCGAUGAUCAAAAUGUAA